CUAUGUUAUGCGCGCGACCUCUCUUCUUGUGUCUGGUUGGUGGACGCGGGUACGCGCAGCAGACAGCUCGGGUGGCGGGAGGAUUUUGGUGUUUCCUGAGUGCAGUCCUUUGGUGCAGGUUUGUUGGUUGCUCCGGCGGAAGUAAGCUGAUACUGAAAGCGGCGCAGGUGUCUGCUGCAGUUAGCAAACGAAUCAAGCCUGCGUGAGGAGGCGAGCACCGCCGGGUUCUAGCUGGAGCUGUCAUGGUUAUCUGCUCCGCACCUCCUCUAUGGUCCCUAGACGCCAACGGCUGAAGCUAAAAGGGCGCUCCCCAAGCCGGCGCUAUCAGCUAAACACAAAGCCGGCGACACCGUUCUAAGUGCAUAUAUUUCUUCACGAAUAUUCUGUGCACAACUGCACAGAAUGAGCUUUCCACAGGAGGGAGCAGAGACUGAGAGGCGGGGUGACGAGUCUGGAGGGGGUGAAGCAAAUAAUAUCACAGCGGGGGCGGGGCAAGAUGUUGAACAACAAUUAGAGCGUACGAGCCCCGCCCCCGCGCAACGGGAACCCCUUGCAGAGACUGAAAAUGCUGUAAAGGAUGACAAGGGCAGUACUGGUUCCAGUGGUCAGCUCUUCUGGUGGCUGAAGGAUAGGUGCAUUGGAAGAGGGCUCUGUGUGGACCCUGCAAGGGAUAAUUAUAAAACAAUGACCAGCCUGUACAGUUCAAUUCAUCCUGCUGAUUCUGUUAAUUUAAGCACCAGGACACAUGGGGCUGUGUUUAACCUCGAGUACUCCCCAGACGGUUCGGUACUAACAGUGGCAUGUGAGCAAACAGAAGUUUUGCUUUUUGACCCAGUUUCUUCAAAGCACAUCAAAACACUUUCAGAGGCUCACGAAGACUGUGUAAAUAAUAUCAGGUAUGUUAAAUCAAAUAACCUUAUACAUCCUGACCAGACGGGGUUUAUGACCUCUAGGAACCCGAUCAAGAAUUUUCGCAAACUUACCACCUUUUUAGAUUAUGCGUGGAACAAGGAGCAAGGACAUAAAAUUAGUAGGGCUCAGGACAUGGCUGUUCUUACAUUAGAUGCUGUUAAAGCAUUUGAUUCUAUUGUUUGGGAACACUUAUUCAUGUCGCUUCAAAAGUUUGGGGUUAAUGAGAACUUUGUUCAGUUUGUUCACAAAAUUUAUUCGGAACCUAUAUCAUAUCUGUUGCAAAGAAAUUUGGAUCAAUUCUGUUCACAAUCUUUGGAUUCAGAACAUUGUUUCAGAAGGGUACAGAAUUGGUUUCAAGAUGAGACCUCCUGCAAAGAGAUUUUUUCUUUCCCAUGUCCCAGUAAAUCCAGUGAAAGCUCAAGCAUUUCUGAAUUGUGUUUCAGAUCUAGAGUUGGCUGGAGUAAUUAUGCCAGUUCCAGUUCCGGAACAGGGGAUGGGGUUUUAUUCAAAUCUCUUCAUUGUACCAAAGAAGGAGAAUUCCUUCAGACCAGUUCUGGAUCUAAAAUUAUUGAAUCGUUAUGUAAGGAUACCAACGUUCAAGAUGGUAACUGUAAGGACUAUAUUGCCUUUUGUUCAGCAAGGGAAUUAUAUGUCCACAAUUGGACCUGCGUAUACGAGUUCCAGGAAGGAGCUCCUGUUCGUCCAGUAUCACCUCGAUGCUCUUUGCGAUUGACUCAUUACAUUGAAGAGGCCAAUGUGGGCAGGGGCUAUAUCAAAGAGCUGUGCUUCAGCCCUGAUGGACGUAUGAUUGCCUCCCCACAUGGUUAUGGGAUCCGUUUGUUGGGAUUUGACUCCCAAUGCAAUGAACUUGUAGACUGCCUACCUAAAGAAGCUGGUACCUUGCAGGAAAUUCGGUCUCUGUAUUCUCACAAAGAUGUGGUCCUGACAACAAAGUUUUCUCCCACACACUGUCAGAUAGCAUCAGGGUGCCUUAGUGGGCGAGUUUCUUUAUAUCAACCAAAAUUUUAGGAGGCAGUAAUGUUUUAAGGUUAGGAUAUGCAUUUCUUCAUAGUUCCCUGAAACUUUUUUGAAGAAUUUGUUGCAACCUGAAGAAGCAACAGUAUCUUGGACAUCACAAGUAUAUUUUAAUAAUGGUUUCCACAAUAAAGAGAGGCUUUAUAUGAUCAGAUUGUGGAGUUGCUGUUGACAGCAAGUUAAUGCACUUUCUUGCCAUUUCACCUUUUAUAUAUCUGUGGACUUAACAUAUGUUCCUCACACUUCUGUGCAGUAUUGCCUGAAUAACACUACAGAUAUUUCCUCAGCAUUAUCGUUCGGAUAAUAUUGUGUAUUCUGUUUCUUCUGACACGCUCUAAAAUGUUAAAUAUUAUUGAAAUCCGUACUUUCAAGGUAAGAUGUGCUUAAAUAUUAAAAGAAAAUUGACCUAUGUUUAUUUCUGUGCCUUUUAUUCACAGAUCUAAUUUGAAAAUAUUAUAAAGAAGGUUGUAACUGUAAUAUUGACACUGUUUGAAUUGUGUUUUUAUUUUGCUACAAAUGCCUGUUAUAUUAGCAAUUUGUAAAGUGAAGCAAAUAUUUAUGACCAAUAGUCAAGUUGAUUUGGGCUCAGGAGACAGUUUUGUCAUUAUUUAGCUAAUUUGUGUAUUUACAUAACUCAUUAAUUAAAAGAACAAAUGAAAUUUAAAA